AUGGAUAGAGCGAGAAAAGUAGGGCAAGGGGUCUACGAUUCAGAACAGGAAACGCAUUCCAGCGGGGAGGGAGGCGGGGGGAGGCGCGGGUUGACAGAUGUGAGCGCAGGCGCCGGCGAAAUGUGGAUCAGCGCCGUGGAGAGCUCCAUACUCACCUGGGAGGAGGUGGCGGAACGUCUGAACGUGGACGUUCGUCGCGGCCUCUCAUGGCGCGAGGCAAAUGACCGAAUGAACUUCGUGGGUCCCAACGAGUUCCAAGUUAAGGAGCAGGAGCCGCUAUGGAAGAAAUACAUCGAGCAGUUCCAGAACCCGCUGAUACUGCUGCUGCUUGGUUCGGCGGUGGUCAGCGUGUGUAUGCGGCAGUUCGACGAUGCCAUAUCGAUCACAGUAGCAAUUAUCAUCGUGGUGACUGUUGCAUUCGUGCAGGAGUAUCGAUCGGAGAAGUCACUCGAGGAGCUCAACAAGCUAGUACCACCGUCAUGCAACUGUCUUCGGGAAGGCAGCAUCGAACAUUUCCUGGCCCGCAACCUUGUCCCUGGCGACAUCGUCCACUUGAACGUCGGCGAUCGUGUGCCAGCGGAUCUCAGGCUUUACGACUCAGUAGAUCUGGCAAUAGACGAAUCUUCGUUUACGGGGGAAACGGAACCCGCAGGCAAAAGUGUACUGCCAAAUAAGGCAGCUGCGGGCAGAGUGAAUAAAGAUAACAUCGCAUUUAUGGGAACUCUCGUCAGGUGUGGUAAUGCUAAGGGUAUCGUAGUCAGCACUGGUGAACGCUCCGAAUUCGGAGACAUAUUCCGAAUGAUGCAAGCCGAGGAAGCUCCUAAGACGCCACUACAGAAGUCGAUGGACGCUCUAGGCGCGCAGUUAUCACUGUACUCUUUCUGCAUCAUUGGGUUCAUCAUGGUGACUGGUUGGCUGCAGGGAAAAGCUCUGCAAGACAUGUUCACUAUUAGCGUCAGUCUUGCUGUUGCUGCUAUACCUGAAGGUUUACCAAUUGUGGUGACAGUAACGCUUGCCCUGGGCGUGAUGCGAAUGGCCAAAAGGAAUGCCAUCGUUAAGAAACUACCCACUGUUGAAACGUUGGGAUGUGUUAAUGUCAUCUGCAGCGAUAAGACAGGGACCCUUACGAAGAAUGAGAUGACUGUGACGACAAUAUCCACGUCUGGUGGACACAUAGCUGAGGUGACGGGCACCGGCUAUAAUGCGAUGGGUGACAUACAGUUGCGUGCUUAUAAAGGACGCGAUCUGGAUGUCGCCAGGAUGGCUGUUAAUACUAUGUUAGAGGUGGGCGUGCUGUGCAACAACGCGCAAAUCCGCGACGGCGCGCUGUACGGCCAGCCCACCGAGGGCGCGCUGCUGGCGUGCGCGCUCAAGCACGGCCUGCAGGACAUGCGCGACCACCACACGCGCCUGCACGAGAUACCUUUCAGUUCCGAAACGAAAAUGAUGGUUGUGAAAUGCGCACCCAAAUUUUCCGACGGCAAGCUUAAAGAGGAGGUGUUCGUCAAAGGUGCCAUAGAGAAAGUGUUACCUCUGUGCAACCAGUACAUCGACAGCGCGGGCAACUACGCGCCCAUGACUAAGGAGAAACAGAAUGACUUUAUCGCUGAAGCGUAUAAUAUCGCCAGAAUGGGGCUGCGGAUAAUAGCGCUGUGCCGGGGCAGGGGGAUGGAGGCGCUGACGUUCACGGGCGUGUGCGGCGUGUGCGAUCCACCGCGCGAAGGCGUGCGUGACGCCGUGGCUACGCUGGCGCGCGCCUCCGUCGACGUCAAGAUGGGCAGGUACACGGCCCGCGCCCCCCCCAACGCCCACCCGCGCCACUGCCUACAUGCCCCGGCACCGCCCCCCCCCGUGCGUCCCGCGCCCAGGGUCACUGGCCCCCCCCAGGGCACGCCGCCGCCCUCACACGCCGACGGUCCCACCACCGGCCGCCCGUCGACCCACAGGCCCGGCGACCGCCCCCCCCGGCCCCUUUCCCCGUCCCCGCCGUCCUCACAAAUCACAGGACCCGGCACCGGCCCGCCCUCCGUACCCCGGGACCGGCCCGCCCCGCCCGCCGCAACUUUCCCCCCUGCCCCCUACGUAAAAUUUCCACGGCACACGACACCGGGCGCCGCCCGUCACCAAGGGCACGGGACGGGCCCCCACCGGCCCCCGGGCCCGGCGCCCGCCCGUCCCCUGUCACCGGACACGGCCGCCGCCGCUCCCGUCACGUCAAGUUCCCCGGCCCCGGGCCCCCCGCGCCCCUCCGUCGGACCCCCUGACCGCACGGGCACUGACCCCACGGCAACGUCCUCGGCGCCCCCGACGGGACCGCCCCCCGGGCCUCGCCCGGUACACCCCGCUCUACACGUAAGGGGCAUUUACCGGACCACGGUCCCCGGGGACGCCCCGCGCUCCUCGGUCACCCCGCCGCCCCACGCCCCCCGGUACGUCCCCGCGCCCCCAAGUCCCGGUCAGGGCACCACGGACCCGGCCACGGCCCCGCUCGUCCCCCCAAACAAGUCCCCGGGCCCCCCGGCCCGCGGCGCCCCCAUAAAACCCCCCGUGCCCAAACCCUCAGGGCCCCCGGCCGCCCCGCGAAGGUCCCCGGGCACGCCGCCUUCCCCGAAGGGUACUUACCCCCGUCACGUAACGGUACCGGGACAAACACGGCACCGCCCGGCGCCCGGACCAGGGUUACAUGCACCACCGGGCCCGGGCCGGUGGGGCCCUCCCGACGUCAAUGGUAAAAUGCCGGACCCCCGGCCGCCGCCGUACCCGAGCCCCGUACAGGGCACGUACCUUUCACGGGGGCCCCGGGCUUCCCGCCAAAGUACCGGCAGCGCCCCACCCGCUGCGACGCCCCCGGGCCACAGCCCCACCAAACACCGGUACGCGCGCCGCGCCCCGUCGACGAAGUCCCCGCCGCCCCCCCUGCCCGGUCACGCGGCGCCCCUCAACGAAAAGGCACCGGACGCCCCCGCCCCCUCUCCCAAAACCUGUACAACAACCCCACCCCCCCCGCUACGUCCGCCGCCAACUGUACUAACACUGGCCACCGGACGCGGGCCCCCGCCGGGUGUCCCGCACGGAACGCCCCGGGAACGUCCCCCCUUUCGACUUCCCGACGUACACGGCACCCACGUACCCGGCCCCGCCCGUACCCCCCGGGGCCCCCCGUCCUUAACAUGCCACGCCCCACGGCACCGCCGUGGGCCUCCCCGAAAUUACAUGCACGACCGCGCCACCCCUCCGUCCGAAACGUCCCCAAAUGCCCGCCCCGGCACCCGGCCCCCCGGUACGUCACGCCCUUCCGCGCAAUUCCCCGGGGAACGCCCCCCCCCGCCACUGCCCGACGUACCCAGGGCCCCCGGCGUCCUCCCGAACGUACACUGUACACUAUACACACUGGACACACGGUACACGCUGGCGCGCGCCUCCGUCGACGUCAAGAUGGUCACCGGCGACGCGCGCCCCACCGCGCUCGCCGUCGGUACGUACCCCCGCAUCGUACACUGUACACUGUACACUGUACACUAUACACACUGGACACACGGUACACGCUGGCGCGCGCCUCCGUCGACGUCAAGAUGGUCACCGGCGACGCGCGCCCCACCGCGCUCGCCGUCGGUACGUACCCCCGCAUCGUACACUGUACACUGUACACUGUACACUAUACACACUGGACACACGGUACACGCUGGCGCGCGCCUCCGUCGACGUCAAGAUGGUCACCGGCGACGCGCGCCCCACCGCGCUCGCCGUCGGUACGUAACCCCCGCAUCGUACACUGUACACUGUACACUGUACACUAUACACACUGGACACACGGUAACACGCUGGCGCGCGCCUCCGUCGACGUCAAGAUGGUCCACCGGCGACGCGCGCCCCACCGCGCUCGCCGUCGGUACGUACCCCCGCAUCGUACACUGUACACUGUACACUGUACACUAUACACACUGGACACACGGUACACGCUGGCGCGCGCCUCCGUCGACGUCAAGAUGGUCACCGGCGACGCGCGCCCCACCGCGCUCGCCGUCGGUACGUACCCCCGCAUCGUACACUGUACACUGUACACUGUACACUAUACACACUGGACACACGGUACACGCUGGCGCGCGCCUCCGUCGACGUCAAGAUGGUCACCGGCGACGCGCGCCCCACCGCGCUCGCCGUCGGUACGUACCCCCGCAUCGUACACUGUACACUGUACACUGUACACUAUACACACUGGACACACGGUACACGCUGGCGCGCGCCUCCGUCGACGUCAAGAUGGUCACCGGCGACGCGCGCCCCACCGCGCUCGCCGUCGGUACGUACCCCCGCAUCGUACACUGUACACUGUACACUGUACACUAUACACACUGGACACACGGUACACGCUGGCGCGCGCCUCCGUCGACGUCAAGAUGGUCACCGGCGACGCGCGCCCCACCGCGCUCGCCGUCGGUACGUACCCCCGCAUCGUACACUGUACACUGUACACUGUACACUAUACACACUGGACACACGGUACACGCUGGCGCGCGCCUCCGUCGACGUCAAGAUGGUCACCGGCGACGCGCGCCCCACCGCGCUCGCCGUCGGUACGUACCCCCGCAUCGUACACUGUACACUGUACACUGUACACUAUACACACUGGACACACGGUACACGCUGGCGCGCGCCUCCGUCGACGUCAAGAUGGUCACCGGCGACGCGCGCCCCACCCCCCGCACCCGCAUCGUACACUCUCAAAUGGUCGGUCUGGACGUGUUGCAUUCGCAAUCUUUAUCUGGUGAACAACUGGACUCUAUGCCAGACGAUGAACUUGACAGAAUUAUUGAUACGGUGAGCGUCUUCUACAGAGUAACACCCAAACAUAAGUUGGCUAUUGUGAAGUCACUACAAAGGGUGGGAAAUAUUGUUGGCAUGACUGGUGAUGGUGUGAACGACGGUGUGGCCCUGAAACGCGCGGACAUCGGUAUUGCGAUGGGGCGGAAUGGGACCGACGUCUGCAAAGAGGCUGCUGAUAUGAUACUCGUUAACGAUGACUUUGCCACCAUAAUAUCGGCUAUAGAAGAAGGCAAGUGCAUAUUCUACAACAUCCGGAACUUCGUACGAUUCCAGCUCUCCACGUCUAUCGCUGCGCUGUCGCUUAUCGCUCUCGCUACUCUCAUGGGCAUACCAAACCCGUUGAAUGCUAUGCAGAUUCUAUGGAUCAAUAUUAUUAUGGACGGUCCGCCGGCGCAGUCCCUGGGCGUGGAGCCGGUGGACCACUCGGUGCUGCGGCGGCGGCCGCGCGACACCACGCGCCGCAUCAUCUCGCGCGCGCUGCUGCUCAACGUGCUGCUCUCCGCCGCCAUCAUCAUCGCCGGCACGCUCUGGGUCUUCAACCGGGAGAUGUCAGACAACAGAAUCACUCCUCGAGAUACCACGAUGACCUUCACGUGCUUCGUACUCUUUGAUAUGUUUAACGCGUUGAGCUGCCGAUCUCAGACCAAGUCCCUGUUCCAAGUAGGACUGUUCUCCAACAAGAUGUUCCUCAUCGCCGUUACCUUGAGCCUGGUGGGACAGAUGUUGGUUAUAUACUUUCCACCGCUGCAGAAGGUGUUUCAGACCGAGGCACUCACUGGUCAUGACAUAAUAUUCCUGGUAUGCCUGACUUCGAGCGUGUUCAUCGUCAGCGAAGUGAAGAAGCUUAUCGAGCGCACCCUCAAGAAGCGCGCCCUGGGCAAGUUCUCGGGCAAGUCCCGGGACGCGAUGGAGUUCGUAUGA